AUGUUGAAGAAAGAAUAUACAAACUUCGUGAGUUCACUUUCUCCUACAGAUUCAAGCUCUGCUUUGCUAAACAAACCAUUAAGCGGAACGGAAGCUAAAAAUUUAUACUUAGAGGAGGUAAUUGAAGUAAAAGACCCUGUACCAGCAAAAUGUGAAAGCCCUAGAUAUAAUGAAAUAUACCGUAAAAGAAAAAUAAGUCUGAUAGAAUUUUGUGAAAAGGAAUUAUUUCUUUCAGUACAAAACAAUGAUAUGAGUAAACUAACACAAAUACUUGAUGCUUUUCCAAAUAAGUUAAAUAUUUUAGAUGAUUAUGGCUGGAGUUUACUUAUGAUAGCAUGUCAGGCUAAUGCUGUUGAAAUUGUUAAAGAGCUUCUCAAACGUGGUAUUGAUAUUUCAAUAAGAGAUAAAGCAGGCAAUUCGGCUCGAAGUUUAGUUAUAAAAAAUAAAAAUUUUGCGAUUGCUGAUCUUCUGCUUAGUUAUAGAACUAUUGUAAAAGAUGAAAGUGAAGAAAAGGAAUCCCAAAUAUUAGAGCUAGAAGAGGAUUAUGUUUGUAAUAUUUGCAAUAAUACGUUUUGGGAUAAAAAGCAGCACCUGUCAUCAACAUUGCACAACUUAAAUGCAAGUAAAGGUAAAAAAAUCCAUACUAAUUAUGUUAUACCAGAGUCAAAUAAAGGUUAUCAGAUCAUGUUAAAAGGAGGUUGGAAUAAGGAUGUUGGCUUGGGACCAGAUGGGUCUGGAAAGAAAUACCCAAUUAAAGCAGUACAGAAAAAUGACAAGACUGGUCUUGGUCAUAAAAAGAGGGUCAAAGAAAAAGAUAUUAUUGCAGUAGGAUCAAAGCUAAAGAAUUUUUGUACAAAAGAUUAUGACAAAAAUAGACAAAUGGAAAUAAAUUUUAGAAGGCAGUUUUAUUAA